AUGGCAUCCCUGAAGAAAGCAGCUGUGGGGCCUUUGGUGGGAGCAGUGGUCCAGGGAACUAAUUCCACUUGCUUUCUGGUUUUCAAUUCAAAAACAACGGAUAUACUUGGUUACCAUCAAGUGGAAUUAACACAGGAGUUACCAAAAGAAGGAUGAGUGGAACAAGACCCUAAGGAAAUCCUUCAGUCUGUCUAUGAGUGUAUAGAGAGAACGUGUGACAAACUUAGUAAACUGAACAUUGAUAUAUCCAACAUAAAAGCUAUUGGGGUCAGCAGUCAAAAUGAAAUGACAAUAAUCUGGGACAAGUUAACUGAAGAGCCACUCUACAAUGCUGUAGUGUGGCUUGAUCUAAGAACCCAGCCUACUGUUGAAAAUCUUAAUUUAAAAAUACCAGGAAAUAGUAACUUUGUAAAGGCCAAGACCCGCCUACCACUUAGCACUUACUUCAGUGCAGUGAAACUUCGUUGGAUUCUUGACAAUAUGAGAAUAGUUCAAAAGGCUGUUGAAGAAGGUAGAGCUCUUUUUGGUACCAUUGACUCAUAGCUUAUUUGGAGUUUGACAGGAGGAGUAAAUGAAGGUGUCAGUUGUACAGAUGUAACAAAUGCAAGUAGGACCAUGCUUUUCAGCAUCCAUUCUUUGGAAUGGGGUAAAUGGCUUUUUGACUUUUUUGAAAUUCCAAUGGACAUUCUUCCAAAUGUAUGGAGUUCUUCUAAGAUCUAUGGCCUGAUGAAAGCUGGGACCUUGGAAAGGGUGCCAAUAUCUGGGUGCUUGGGGAGCCAGUCUGCUGCAUUGGUAGGACAAAUAUGCUUCCAAGAAGGACAAGCCAAAAACACAUAUGGAAUAGGCUUUUUCUUACUGUGUAACACAGGUCAUAAGUGUGUGUUUUCUGAACAUGACCUUCUGACCAGGGAUUAUCAACUAGGCAGAGACAAGCCAGCAUGUUAUGUACUGGAAGGUUCUGUUGCUAUAGCCAGUGCUGUUAUUCACUGGUUAAGAGACAAUAUUAGAAUUAUUAACACCUCAGAAGAAAUUGAAGUACUUGCUAGAGAUGUAGGUACUUCUUAUAGCUGCUACUUUGUCCCAGCUUUUUCAGGGCUAUAUGCACCUUACUGGGAGCCCACUGCAAGAGGAAUAAUCUGUGGCCUUACUCAGUUUACCAAUAAAAAUCAUAUUGCUUUUGCUGCAUUAGAAACUGUUUGUUUCCAAACCCAAGAUUUCGAUGCCAUGAACCAUGACUGUGGAAUUCCCCUCAGUCAUUUGCAGGUAGAUGGAAGAAUGAUCAACAAUAAAGUUCUUAAUCAACUACAAGCAGACUUUCUGCAUAUUCCCGUAAUAAAGCCCUUUAUGCCCAAAACAACUGCACUGAGAGCUGCCAUGGCAGCAGGAGCUGCAGAAGGGGUGGGCGUUUGUCUUAAACCUGAGGAUUUGUCAGUUGUCAUUAUGGAACGGUUUGAACCACAGAUCAAGGCCACAGAAAGUGAAAUUCGUUAUUCUACCUGGUGGAAAGCUGUGAUGAAGUCCAUGGGUUGGGUUACAACUCUGACUCCUGAAAGCAGUGAUCCUAUUAUCUUUUCUAGUUUGCCCUUGGGCUUUUUUAUAGUGAGUAGCAUGAUAAUUCUAAUUCGAGCAAGGUACAUCUCAGGUGUACCAUAA